AUGUCAACAAAUAGAAUAUUAAUAAAAAAGAGUAAGGUUACGUUGAGUCAGCCUCCACUUGUUAUUGGCCGAGGGGCAAUGGGAGAAGUAUACUUGGCCAAUUUUCUGGGAAAACCUGUGGUCGUUAAAAGGAGUCAGCGAGAAAUAGAUAUAUUACUAAAGGAAUAUAGUAACUACUUCAAAUUACAAAAUCACAACAAUAUACUAAAAUUCUUCGGAGUGAUAAGAGAAGAUCGGUAUACAUUUUCAUUGGUAUUGGAAUACGCGCCCAAUGGAAGUUUAUCGAGUUAUCUUAAAUCUCAUACAGUAAUAUGGAGUGAAAAAGCAAGAAUUUGCAGAGACAUAGCACUCGGACUAAUGCAUUGUCACGAAAAUAAUGUACUACAUUUCGAUCUUAAACCCGAAAAUAUCUUGCUGGACCAGGCUUGUGUUCCAAAGUUGGCCGAUUUUGGUAUUUCCAAGACAAAGAGUCAGAUGGUGUUGGAUAAUGGAAAAGCUGGUGGCACUUUAAAUUAUGUGGCACCGGAACGCGUAUGUUUGGAACUGAAAAUGAGAGAAUUCUUUGACAACCAUCCAAAACUUUCCGACAUAUAUUCAUAUGGGUUGAUAUUGUGGUCAGUUGCCAAGGACGGAGAGCACCCUUACGAAGGAAUGCAUGAUGAUGAAAUUAGAGAACAUAAAAGAAAGACUCAAGCAAUAUAUUACUUGCUGGAGCAACUUCCUGCGGACACGCCGCAAAGUUUCAACCAGCUUAUAUUUGAUAUGACGCUAUACACCCUCGAGUACAAAGACAAUUUACCCGUUGAUGAUUUGGAUUCUUCUGAUGAAGAACGUGAUUACUCCGUGUCAAGCAGCAAGCCAGUAUCCCCAUCCACCACAUCCACAACAAUUGAAAGCACACUUGCAAGUGACAAGGAAAUUACAUAUACUGAAAGAUCAACGGAACCAAGGCCAUUAAGCAUAUCAUCAAGCGUUUAUCGAUAUUUAAAAUCGUUGGUUACUUCCCCCCCAACAUUGUACGAGGAUAAAAACCCAAUGGGAGCUGAGAGUCCCAAAUUAGAUGAUAUUGAUCGUAACAACAGGCGUUAUAGUGAGAGUAGUAACAAUAAGCGAGAUAGCGUUUCUAGUAGUCAUAGACGUGAUUCCGGAGUUGAUCGAAAAUCACAGAGUACGUUGAUUGGCUCGCCGUUAAUCCCUAAACCUCCUCCAUUUGAAACAAAUAUAUUAAAAAUUACAGAUGCAGAUCAAGAAUUGAUGGAAGGAGUUUUUAACAUAUGUGAUUAUUGGGAGAAAUUCACUGAUGAUGUUAUCAAAAGGAAAUUUGAAAAUCUAUGCUACGAUAAAAAUAAGAAACCCAAAGAUUUAUUAACAAUCUUCGAAAAUUACCCAUCAAAGUCUGCCGAUUAUUAUUUUGCUUAUGGGUUCAUGAAAGAACAUGCUUUUGGAAAGGCUAAAGACCCGAAAAUGGCAUUUGAAUAUUAUGCUAAAGCGGCGGAGUUAGGUGAUCCAAGAGGACUUGUCUUUGUAGGUUGGUGUCAUUAUAAAGGAAUGGGAACUCCCAAGGAUCCGAAUAAAGCGUUUCUUAGUUUCCAAAGAGCAGCAAACUAUGGGUGUGUAUCAGCACACAACAAUGUGGGAUGGUGUUAUGAUAUUGGAUUUGGAACCGAAACAGACCCCUAUAAAGCUUUUGAAUUUUUUAAAGAAGCUGCGGAUAAAGGAUACGCGACAGCGCAAUGCCGCGUUGGAGUCUGCUUUGAAUAUGGAAGAGGAACGGUGAAAAGUCUAGAUAGAGCUCUUGAAUGGUAUACUAGAGCGGCUAAUAACGGACACGAAACUGCAAAAAGAAGAGUGGCUGAAUUGUCCAAAUUGAUUCGUCGUGAAAGUAGCAGAAGAAGAAGCUUUUUGGAACGAGUGUUGUAUGGUCCAUUUAGAUCUAGCACAACUUAA